AUGACUUCUAUCGCUAACUCAUCAACACCUUCGUCGUCAUCAUCAACAAACGGAGCAACAAAUACAGAUUCAUCAUGUACUUCUCGGACUCAUAAAUUAUCCAAAUUUUACAAGUGGUGUCCUCAUGACGAUUAUCUUUUGGUGAAAGCUGUUGAACGAGGAAUGAGUGCAGAGGAAAUUCGUGGUACUAUUAAAUUUGAAAGAGCCUUCACGAUUGAAGAAAUAACACAACGUUGGCUGGCUAUUUUAUAUGAUCCGAUGAUUGCACAAACAACUGCCAAGCAUCUUGUUGUUCUACAAAACCUUAAAAAUUAUAAGAGAGUUCCUUGGUCUUCCGAAGAGAACCAAAUCAUAUUCAAGGAGGCUGAGGUUCAUCAAGACGUUCCACUGAAUUUUGAAUUAAUUUAUGACAAGUACAGAGAUUGUUUUCAUCCUUCUAGAUGCCCAAAAACGUUGGAGGCUCACUAUCAGAGAAUGAGACGAAAAGGAAUAAUAAGAGAACAUUUGGCAAAAUCAGGAGGGACUUUAGCUAGUACUGCCGUCCCUCAAGCAAUCUCAAGUACAAGCGCAAAUGUCGGAGACGAUAUGGAUGAAGACUUUUAUGAAAACAAGUCCUUCUCGGAUGUAGAAAAGGAAAUUUUGAAUGCUCCUCUUUCCAAUGACUUGGAAAUGAGAGCACAAAAUAUGUACACUAUUGAAAACAAGGUAGCAGAAAAGAAUGAGUUAAAGAAAAUUCAUAAAAUGGAGAAGGAAAGCGAUGUGGAUGAAGAGGUUAAAGAUGCUAAGAAGAUUAAGUUGAAUUUAACAGAGGAAGAUGUUAUUGCUAUAUUUGAUGGUAUGCAAACAAAACUCCCUGUUCGUAAAUCUAUAUCAGUAAUUGGAAGGAAAAAUUCGAGUCAUCCUGUUGAUAUUGAUCUAAGCAUGGAGUCUGAAGACAUUGGAAAGAUAUCUAGAAAACAAGCCAUUUUAACUCUAACUUAUUCUAUCGAAGAAAAACCAGCUGUAAAGACAAUUGUGGCAACAGGACAAUCAGAUAAUAAUUUGGAACGUAUUGCAGAAGUUGAAGAUUUGUCAGGCUCUGUUGACGAAUCUAAUAGCAAGCGCGUCAUGUUUAACUUUAUCCUUAAAAAUGUUGGAAAGAGAAGCAUAUUAGUGAACGGACAACCUGUCGAAAGUGGCUGUGAAGCCGCUGUUCCUCACCAAUCGCUUGUGCAAUUUCCUGGAGGAUUGAAGUUUGUUUUCAAAUGGAUCACUAGUGGCUGUGAAAGAUGGUAUCAAUUCAAUAAGGCAUCACUGGAGAGCAACGCAAACACCUUGCCAACAAGUGCCAGCGAGGACAAGAUGAUUGAAUAA